ACCCGUUCCAGCUUGACUGCCUUUCUGUCAUCUUCUUGCCAUUUUAUUUAUCAGAACCUUCAGUUGACUUACAUAGCCUACAUAAGUAGCGGGAAAAACAUCUUUAUCAGUGUUUAAUACAGAGCACUUGGAGGGAAAAAAAAUGUUGGCUUGCACGGAAAUGAUUACAAUGUGUCUCCAGUCGGCGAAACGGCAACAUCUUCUCGCCAAGCAGCAGCAGCAGCAGCAAACCCAAAACCCUGUACACGGACUUUCUAUUUUUCACGAUAUCUUUCGGCGUGCUGAUAAAAAUGAUGAUGGCAAGCUCUCCUUUGAGGAGUUCAAGGCCUACUUCUCUGAUGGGAUCCUAACUACUGAUGAGCUGCAGGAGCUGUUCUUCUCCAUCGAUGGGAGAAAGAGCAACAACCUUGACACAGACAAGCUAUCAGAGUACUUUUCCCAGCACCUGGGGGAGUACCUGAACGUUCUGUCAGCACUGGAGAAACUGAACAUCGCCAUUUUGAGUGCAAUGGACAAGACUAAAGAGGAGUACCAGGGCUCGUCUGUGCUUGGCCAGUUUGUGACUCGCUUCAUGCUGAGGGAAACCUCCAACCAGCUGCUGUCUCUCCAGAUGUCUCUGCAGUGCGCCAUGGAGGCCGUGGAGGAGCAGAGCAGUCCCGCAAGUAAUGAAGUAAAGAUCCCGGAGCUGCAGCUGUCAGUGCAGAAGAACAACAACAACAGGAGAUGUGGACGCAGGAUCCAGAAGAACCUCUGCCUGUCUCCCACAGACCCCUACUCAGGCAUCCUCACUACAGGAGUGACAGUGGACACAGAUGAUCACUGGUGCUCCCAGAUCAACCGGCUGCAGCACCUCAUUGAUAAGCUGGAGUGCCAGAGUCCCAAGCUGGAGCCGCUGAAAGAGGACCCUCUGGCCAGCUCGUAUAACUCUAACAUUCUGCUGGUGCAGAGACAGAUGACGGUGGCAGAGGGAGAUUUAGAGGAGUUCCAGAAGGCGCUGAAAAGCUACGCCGACUCCACAACCGACCAGAACGACAACCUGCAUGUGUCAAUCCAGAAGCUCCCGGAGAAAUCCUGCUACAUAAUGUAUGAGUUCUGGCAGGAUCGUAUCUCCUGGAUGAGUUACUUACAAUCUGAGCCCAGCAAGACAUUCCAGCGCUGCAUCAUAGACAUGCUGGAAGACCCAGAGGCUGUCUCUACCAUGUUGAUGCCAGCCUCCUGGUGGAUUAUGGGUAACCACUAACAGCAACGACUAACAAGUCCACAGCAUCCACAGCUACCCCCCCCCCCCCCACCUCCCCUCGAUGCGGAAAAAAACAAGCGCCCACAAUGAGAACCUGUCAAAGAAUCCACCGCGUGUUUGUUAGCAGCUAAUGGGCUGUAAUUCCAUGGCACACACAUUCCCUAGACUCUUUAUUUCCUGACUGCAUCACAUGUGUCAUUUUAAUAUUUGCUAGUUUUCCCCUCUGCAUGGGAAGGAAAUGUGCUAUGAACAGGCAUGUAAUUCGUCUUUCCUCUAGUGCAUGUAUAGAAAAUCAGUCCUUCAGUUUCUUGCAUAUGCCAGUGGCAAAAAAAGGCUUUGAAGCUUUUCUGUGGCUUCAAAACCCAGACUAUACUCUCUGAUUAGAAAACAUACUGUGAACUAAGACCAGGGAAAGUGAAACAUCAUAUACACAAGCAUUAAAAAUACACAUUAAAGACAUAGUGUGAGCUCAUAACCAACAUGUGCGGUUUAUAUUUACUUCUCAAGAUAGCCAGAGGUUUAAGAAAAAAAUCGAGGAUAGCUGUAUCUUUUGAAAUGCAUGCCAACUUAGCUUUUUUUCCAUCAUGCUUCAGGAGAUUGUUCCUUGACAUAAAACAAAGAAAUGUGAUGUUGUGGAUAGACUAGGCCUUAGCAAGGAGCAUACAUUUGGUGUCCAACUUAGGACCUUGACAGCCUCACCCAUUGUUUUUGUCAUUCCGGUAUGAUUUGGAUCUUAUUGCUUACCUUGGAUAGCCAUCCUGCCUGUUGCUGUUGAUUUUCUUGUGAACAUGACAGUCACUGUGUUUUUGGAUUUGAUGACAAAAAAAAAUCUAUGUAUUUUUGUGGUUCAUGGCAUCCAUUGUACCUACUCAUGUAUGGAUAGAAAUAAAGGGGAGAGGUUUGUUUGCGUA